AUGGAAUCAUGGCUUCCCUCAAAGUUCACCACCAUCCGUCCAGCUGAAAUAUUGAUGAUAGUGUUGCUUUCACAGUUAGUAAUUCUCUUCUCCAACCUUUGUUUCCCUGUUCCAAUAACGGUCACCGCUUCAAGGAUUGAAUCUCAAGGGAGAGCUCUUCUUCAAUGGAAGGCCAGCCUUGAAACACAAGACCUCCUUCACACUUGGAUGUCAACGGUCAGUCCAUGCAACUGGACUGGAAUCACAUGCAGAUAUGAUGGUCAUCUCAUGCUAACCAUCACGAAAGUCCAAUUACGAGAGUUGGGACUGGAAGGGAAGCUAGAGACUCUCAACUUCUCAUCUCUGCCAUCACUCAGAGUUCUUGACCUCAAUGGCAACCAUAUAUAUGGAUCCAUCCUUGAGGCCAUUUCAGGUCUCUCCAAGCUCAUCAACCUUGAUCUCUCUGUCAACAAACUUAGAGGCAUCAUCCCAUCAGAGCUUGGUAAUUUGACAAGGCUCAAGACCUUGUGGCUCUCCCAGAAUCAGAUAAGUGGCUCCAUACCUCCUUCUUUCGGAAAGCUUAUGAAUAUGAAUUUAUUAGCCAUCUCCAAAAAUUUCUUAGUUGGUUCUAUUCCUCCAGUGUUUAGAAACUUGACCAAACUAAAGGGUUUAUAUUUAUGGAGCAACAAACUGAGUGGCUCUAUUCCUAGUGAGAUUGGGAAUUUAGUGAGCUUAAUUGGUUUGGACAUAUCUAACAACCAAAUAACUAAAUUAAUCCCUCCACUUGGAAGUUUGAAAAGUCUUACCGGUUUGGCAUUAAGUCAUAAUUAUCUCUUUGGGAAGGUCCCUGAUGAAUUCACAAACCUCACAAAUUUAAAUAAUCUUCAAUUAGUUAAUGACAACCUUUCAGGUAAUCUACCACAAGAUUUGCCAGAGGAGGUUUACUUAACAAACUUGCUUUGGCAUAUAAUAAUUUCCAAGGUCCCAUUCCCACGAGUUUGA